CAAUCAAAACUCACAAUGGGCGGAGUUCCUGUAUGUUUUCUGGUUUCCAUGAGAAGAUGUUGCGCUGUGGAGUUGAUGACAGAUGAGAAAUCACUGUCUUACGCUCCGAACGGGAAUAACGACGCUCUUAUUUGUAUAAAGAUAGUUACUUCAUCUGAUGUGGACAAUAUAGGGAAGUUUAUGAUGCAUACAACUCGCAGUCCAUCGGCAUCCAUCCAGACAGGGGCAGCUGGAGAUGUUCUGGACCUCAGCCUGACCGGCUCUCAGCUCACAGUGGGUCGCAGACCCAGCAGCGCUUCACCUGGAAAACACUUCUCUCGAUCCAUAUCUGUGUCUGUGGCCAGUGAUGGCCGGGGGAAGCGAAACACUUUGACUGAUGCUGGAUUGGGAAGCUCACGAGCAAUUAAGAAUCUGCGUCGGUCCAACAGCACCACACAGGUGAACCAGCAGGGCAACACAAGCCUCAGUGAAGGCCACACAGAAGACUUCCUGGCUCUGUUCAACAGCAGUGGUGAUGGACGUAGAAAACUAGCCAGCCUCUCCAAGACAUCUAAAGACCAUACUACUUGGAACAUCCUGGAUGACCAUUCGAGAGCAUUUCCUGUGCCCAGCAGCUCUCACAGUACCUGCAGUGUUGAUUCUCCUACAGGCCUGAAGAAGAGGGAAGCUGGCGUCUCUCUGGCUGCCAACUUCACUGCCAACAACAGGAGCAAUAAAGCAGCUGUGGGUAACUCUGUGACCACCAUCCUUCAUAAUAACCACUCAGAGAAACCCCUCACUCCAAAGAGCUCCAAUCAGAAACCCUCCUUCAAUAACAUAAUCAAAGCCACCGUAAAUGAUGAUGUGACUGUGGAUGUGAGCUGUUCUCUUACUAAGUCUCAGAAGAACUUCUCCUCUGCGUCAUCAAUCUCCAACAACAAUGCCCCCCGUAGCCCCCGAAGCCCAGGUCAGCCACGCAGACGAGAGGUGACCGAGGAGGAGGCCGAAAGGUAUAUUCAGCAGGUGAACCAUGCUGCUAUUACCAUCCAGCGUUGGUAUCGUCGCCAUGCCAACAGAAAGAGAGCCAAUGAGAAUACAAUCAAACACCUCCUCAUAUCCAAAAAGAAGGAGAGAGAGCAGAGAGCAGAAGAGGAGAAAACUGCUGAAUCACUGAAGAAGAAAGAAGAUGAUCGAAAACGCAUCAGGGAGGAGAAAGCUCGUCUGGCUCGCCUUACCGCUAUACAGGAGCUUCAGCAGAAAAGAGCCCAACGUGCUGCAGAGGUACAGCAGAUAGCAGAGGAGGAGGUAGAGACACUAAGACAUGCAGGGAAAGUGGGGCGUAAAAAACUCACCAAGAGUUCACCCACUUCUUCCUCUGACGUCAAGGCUAAGAACACAGAUUCUAAUGUGAACGUGGUGCCUGAUCUGGAUGAUGUGACAAAUCUGAGGGCUGCAUCGCCCGCUGGUUCUGUAUGCAGAGGAUCUCAGUGUUCUCAGGAGAUCCUCCAGAGGUCGGUGAGCAUGGAGGACCAGCGGCAGGGGGCGUCAUCGAGCAGGGCACAGUCUAAAACCACUCUAAAUGACUUGCUGGACACACUGAAGCUCUUAGAAGAGGCGCCAGAGAGACUGUCAGAGCCUAAGAGUUACAGGAAGGACAAGUAUUCGUGGAUUGAUGAGGAUGAAGACUCCAACUCCCUGACAACGGAUAAUGUGGAACGGCACAGGCAGCUGAGUCAGACCCCAGCCCUACCAGAUGGGGGCGCUCUGCUUUCAGAAGCCAAACUGCAGAGCAUUAUGAGCUUCCUGGAUGAGAUGGAGAAGUCAGAGCAGGAGAGACCACGCUCGGUCACCUCUGGAUCACACAGAGAGGUGGUGUUGUCCGAGGAAGAUCUAGCAGUUGUGGAACAAGCCUCAGCCACAGCUGCUGAGGUCACCGGAUCUAUGAUGAGACUCAAACUGGAGCUGGAUGAGAAAAAACGCACAGUCAAUAUGCUACAGACAGCACUGGCCCAGCAGAGGGAGCUGACGAUCCGGCAUGUGAAGGAGACUGAGAAAGAGCUCAAUCAUACUUUCCAGUUACAGAAGCAGCAGUAUGAAGCUACCAUACAGAGACACUUGACAUUUAUAGACCAGCUGAUUGAUGAUAAAAAGGCCCUGAGCGAACGCUGUGAGGAAGUAGUGGGAGAUCUAGAGGGUGUUAUGAGAUAUACUAUGAGGAUUUUUCUGAUGUAGGAGCAGCAUGAGAUGGUUUGGCAAAUUCUGGGUCCCAUGUGUGAGGAGAUUAAGAAGCUGAAAGAGUUAAUGAGUGCCACGGAAAAGAUCCGCCGGGAGAAAUGGAUUGAUGAGAAGACCAAGAAGAUCAAGGAGAUCACUGUAAAAGGUCUGGAGCCAGAGAUUCAGAAGCUCAUCUCCAAACACAAGCAGGAGCUGAAGAAACUCCGAGUUCUUCAUGAGGCAGAGCUGCUUCAGGCAGACGAGAGGGCUGCCCAACGUUACGUCAGGCAGACCGAGGAAUUACGACAGCAGUUGGAGAGAGAAAGAGAUGAACAGUGCCAGAGAGAGAGAGAACUGGCCAAGCAGAGGAUUGAGAAACAGCAGCAGGAAGAGGAGAACGCGCUGCAGCAGCAGAGGAGGCGUCUGUAUAAAGAAGUGUCAGAGGAGAAAGAGCGAAUCACACAGCUGGCAGCCAGGCAACAUGCUGAGCUGGAGGACUUAAGGAAGCAGCUGGAAAAGAACAGCUCUUUGGCAGCAAGAGCACUGAGAGAAGAGCUGGAAAAGAGCAGAGAAGAGCAGGAGAGACGACACCAGGUUGAAAUAAAGGCCCUGAAGGAAAGACUUGAGAUAGAGAAACAGACAUGGGAAGAAAAUUAUAUGAAAAAAGAGGAAGCAUGGCUGCUGAGCAGAGAAAGGGAGCUUAAAGAGGAAGUGCGUCGAGGGAGAGACCAAGAGAUCGAGCUGGCCAUUCAGAGACUAGAAGAGGAGACCAGAGGGGCAAGAGAGGAGUGUGAGAGAGUGGCUGACAACCGGAUAAAGCGUGUGAGGGAGAAAUACGAGGCUGAGCUCAGAGAUCUGGAGCGUUCGGAGCGGGCAGCACUGCAGAAACAGCAGGAGAUGAGAGAGAAACACAGUGAGAUGGAUGCAGAGCUCCUCCGGCAACAGUCGCUUUUACGACAACGAGAGCAGGAGAUAAGCGACCUCACCCAGGCCCAUGACAAGUUAUCAGAUGAGCGCCGCAGUCUAGCAGAAGUGAUCAGACAAGAAUUUGCCGAACGGCUUGUAGAGACGGAGGAAGAGAAUAGGAGGAUGAAGAUGGAGGUUUCUGAGGCCAAGGCACGACUCCGGUUAGAGGUGGAGCGAGUGACCAGAGAGAAAGAAGAGGAGCUUGCAGAGGUGCAUCAAAGAGUGAAGUCAGCUAUUUUGAAGAAGGAAGAGACUGUUAAUAACCUGCGCAAGCAGCAUGAGGCUGCAGUGAAGAGAGCAGAUCACCUUGAGUCUUUGUUGGAACAGCAGAGAAAAUAGCUGUUAGGGAAAUGAUUGACAAGUUAGGGCAGUGAAAUCCCCCACAGCCCCUUCCCUUCUGUCAUACGUCCCUCUGCAAAAAGAAACUUUCUCUUUGUUUUUGUUUUUUUGUUUUGUUUUAGUUUUUUGUAGAAUUGAAUCUUCUUCAAGAUUCGUGGAGAGGCUUUUGUGGGUCUCUCUUUCACGGAUAUGACCAAAUUACAGACUCCUUUCAGCCACCGGUUUCACACAGCCAAAUGAAUUUAAGCAUACGAUUUCCUCACUAAAGUUUUGAUCUAGUAUUUUUGUUGAAUCUUAUAAUCCUCGCCCCAUACACUUGUGCAUAUUUCACCCCAUAAUCAAAAUAUGUCAGUAAGAAAUGUCUUUAAAAGGUAUAUUAGGUUCAUUAAGCAAAAAUAAGCAGUUUCUGUGUUGCAGAAAAUAUGUAUUAUUUAAGUUGUAAAGUAUUUAUACAACAUGUUUUUUAACUUUUAAUUUAUGCUUGUAUUAUAGUCAUUUUUACUUUUGCGUGGUAAAAAUGGAAAUCUUAUGAGAAUCACAAUUGAGAUUAAUGGGAGUUGUAAAUCCCACAAAUGUAAAUCAAUAAUGACAGUUUGCAUUGUGGAAAAGUGUGAUUAAUUGUCAUGGAAAUUGUCACAAUGCAAAAUGGUCCACAAACAUAAGCUUCAUUUUCUUAAUGCAAAAUGGCAUUUUUUUACAUUUAAUAUUUUGAUUUGGGGGUAAAAUCUGCAUGCUUUUGUGAGACUCGCCCAAGAAGUGGAAAGCCGCUUUUGCCAGGCACAAAGGCAUACACAGUAAACCGCUCCAGAUGUUUCUGUAACUGCAUACCCUCAUCCCGUCUCUCUCCAUCACUGGAAUAAGGGAAAUGGUGGAGAUUACAGUGGACAGGAAACAUAGGAGAGGCAAAGGCAAUAAAAUCGAGCAGAGAAGGUAACCCUUUACAUUAAAGAGGAGAGGCCUGACCCCCCACCUGCACAAACAUUCACACUCCCCCUGCCUUUUGUGUGUUGCAUACAGAUGCCUUUUGUCCAAAUGCCCUUCUGGGCUAUCUCUAAAUUACAGGAGAUGCCCCAGAAGCCCCCAAACAUCAGAGGAAUGAUGGAGGCACAGCUAGACGAUAGAUAUUUUAGAAGGUUUGUUGACAGCAAAGCAGUAGAUGGAGAAGAUAAGUAUGGGGUGUCUCCUUAGAUUUAUAGGGACUGACAGUACGAUGUGCAGCCGGUUUGCGCAAACCGAGGUAAGAGACCUGUUUGAGGUUGAGUUGAGAUGGAUGUAAAAAGUUGGGUAGAUAAAAAAAUAUCAGAUGGAUAGAAACUUAAGAAGAUGACUGUUUAUGUUUAGGGACAGCAGAGCUGGGCCCAACAUUGGUACACAGGGACUGAUUUGCAAAGUAGGAUGUUCCUGAAUACAUGGUUCCCACGGUCAUGGAAGUGUCAGGGAAAUGAAACAGUAAAUGUAUACAUAGAAAUAGUAAAUAUAUACUUUUUUUUUUGUCUGCACAAGAACAAAAUAUUUGAGUAAAAGUGGCUUGCAAGCAAUCUUAACAACAACAAAAAAAUCAUUAAUUGAAAUAAAAAUUAAAUCUAAAUAUUAAAUGGACAACUAAACUUAAAUAAAUAAAAAAUUAAUUAAAAAAUAAAAGCUAAUAAAAAUGACAAUACUACUAAAACUUAAAAUAAAAUGAAACUUGAAAAUAUAUAAAAAUAAUACAUUUAAUUAUUUUAAAAAAUACAUUAGUAAUUGAAGAUUCUAAAAAUGAUACUAAAUACUAUAAUACUAUAAUUGUUACUAAAAUAACACUGCUUGAAAGCCAUAGAAAUAUCUGAUUUGUGAGCAAUGGUUAUUAAUAUUAUCAUUUUUUUUUUUUUUUUUUUUAAUGAAUCACUGCAAUUCAAACUUUGGCCUGAAUGAUGAAUUAAUGACUCAUUAGUCUGAAUCAAAAUGAUUUAAAGAUCCCAGUCCAUUGUUUGGAAAUUACUUUUUGUUUACAUGAAUGUUGUUCUAGCAUUAACACCAAGAUGUUGAUCCAGGAACUCCCAUACUGGUAAAAUAACUGUGAGCCUGGGGAGAUGUAGUAUGACUGGUAUUUGUUCUGUGGUUUCAUGCUCAGCUGAAAGCCCUCCAGCCUCUCUUGUUCUCUCUCUUCUUAGUGUAAACCAAAAGUGGUGUACCCAAGAGAAGAACAGAAGAGACAAAUGCAGUUCAACAGGAGUUGGGGUGGCAGGAUGGGGGAGGUGCUUCAAAGCUCUCACAAGUCUCUAUUGUUUCUUGUUAUGAAGUCCCUACAUUUUUCUUCCUAAACUUUUGGAUUUAUUAGGAGAUUUUUCUAAAAACUUUCAAGUGAACCACAAUGACACAGGCCAGAAAAGCAGUGAACAGUAGGCCUGUUAUCUGAAGAAAGUUUGACCCAGAUGUAUAAUCUGAUUGUGCAACUUUAGGUCUUGUAUCCAAAGAGAACGUCCUUUUAAAAACUUCUCUUUAUCUACAAAAAUACUCAUUUGUUAGAGAAGUUGAUUUAUGUGCCAAAACAAAUUGCUUAUGAAAAGUUGAACUAUGUGAACGAGCCGUAACAAACUUCCCAAUGUGAGACUUUCUACUUGUACCAUUUUUUGAUGGAUUUUGUAUAUCAGAUUCUUGCUGAUGUUUGAGCUGUUUAGUAAAAGCAGCCACAUCCAAAAGGUCAGAAUGAAAAGUGCCUCAUUCCUGAUCUCUAAUGAGAGGAUCAGGUGUCUCAUUUCAGGACAGAGAGGGAACCCCAGAGGUCUGUCCUCACUAGAGACCAUUUGCAGAAUACAGCAAACUCUGUAAUGUGGCCAAGCGUAAAUACUGAGAUUUCUCUGAGGCAUAAUUUCAUGAGUCACCUGUUCACAUCACACUUAAAUGUGUGCGUGUGUAUUCAAAGUCAGUUGGCUGAAUUUUCUCAGAACCCCAGUGUGAGGUUCCAAACUUUAAAACAUUCUGAGAAUGUUUCAGAUGUGUUUCGUGAAGGUUAGAAGUCCAGGUCCUUGGCUGUCUUUCCACCUUUGAAAGUGUGUCAGUCCAACUUGUGCCAAUAAACAAUUCAUUUAUGAGUGUAGUAUUUAAAAUCCAAGCGCCGGUCGCCAUUUUACUGGCCUUCUGUAACUGUGGUCUGGAAAAACACUACUUUUAUUAUCUUAAUUAAUGUCUGAGAUCAUUUCACCGUUCCCUCUUCAUGCUUUAAAAAAAAAGUUUUAGUUAUGCCUAUGUUUUUAAGUAAUUUAAGUAUUCCCUUUAACAUGUACUGUAGCUCUUCAUUUGAUUCUUUUACCAACAUCCUGUAUUUUGGUUGAGUUUAAUAGCUGUGUUUUCGAAAACAGAAAAGAAUCUUGUCCGUAUGAAAAUAAAUCUUGAAAAUGA